AUGCUCGCGAGCCGCGCGCUCCUCCAGAUGCGCGAGCAGUUCCAGAGACAGAAUGCGAGUUUGAGUUUGAAUGACUCGGGAGAGUUUUCGAUUAGUGGGAUUGGGAUGGGGGUUGGGAGUGUGAGGGUGGAUUCUAUGGGUGAUGGUGAUGGUGAUGUUGAUAUUAAUAUUGAUGUGGGUGUUGGGCCUGCUAUGCCUGAGCCGGUGUGCGAUGCGGAUAGGUGCGAUGUGGAUAAGAGGGGGAGUAUGGGGACGGGGACGGGGACGAGGAUGUCGUUGGAGAGGCGGUCUUCUCAUCGUAGUCAUGUCAGUGGGAGGGUGGAGUGA